AUGUACUCCGUUGUUGAGUUCAUCAAUGACAAGUCGGUCGACGUCGUAGCCAAGGCGUGGUUCUAUGAUAAGAACUGCGUUAUGUGGCUGAAAAAUGACAGACGACGAAACAUUCUUCUCAAAAGGAAUGAGCCGCCGCCGAGUGGGACAAAAGUAUAUCCUGUCAGGAUUUUAAAAGACAACCUGACUCUGGAUGCGGCCCGGCGACUGGUACAUAGGGCCGUGGACACGUCGGACCUCUCCUUUUCGGAGCCCACGGAGUUGGGUCGAGGCUUUAGAAAGAAGUAGGUUUCACUUGUAAUUGAAAUUUUUUGUAGAUUUGUCCGCAGAUUAACCUCUGAUUCGGAGGAUGAUGAGGACGAGAACAUAGCGGAACGACAGCCUGUAAGGCCGCUAGCUGGCUGGCCGUCGCCACCACCCAUACUUCAGUAAAUUGCAGUAAGUCUGAUGGUUUGUAGGCCAAGACUUGAAGAAAACAUACCUACUUCCUCGGCCGGAUGGGGCAGGUUUUCACCUUCAGUAGUCCCCUCACUUCAGUAAGCACGUUAUAUUUAUUAUCCAUUUCAGACUGCAAACGGAAAAGGAUGCUUCUGUGGCGCAGAGUGAAAUAUUAAAAUCAAUACAAAGGAAAUUGAAAUCUGUGCGGUAAGGACAUGUUGUAUACCGUUGGAUUAGAUUUGUUUAGUAAAACAUUAGACAAAUUAGUCCAUAAUCAGAGGGUCCAUCAUGAGGAAUUUCGACAACAUUGCGCCCUCAUGGUUGAAAAACUUGGGUAAAUACAUACCUCCACCGUCCUUGUCGGUCAAAGGCCUCCCUCACUGCCCUUGCCGCUAUGCACGAAGGACGCCUACGAAGACUUUGAAGGGAAGCUAAACCGUGAUGCCGAUUUUCGGGAAGAAGUGGUAUGUAAAUAUGCAGCUUUAUUUACUCUCCAUGAGUUAUAGAUGAAACAACUUGUUUCAGUUGGCGGGCGUAACAACAAAGAGUUUGUUAGGAAUAUCCUCAGUAAAUUGCUAGGACCACCCCUUUGCUGUGACUACUGUUGGAGUGGCUCAGUGGGAAAACAAUCCUUUGUCGGUAGUCCAUUAUAUGCACUCCUAUGUGGUAAGUUUUCCUCAUUUGUUAACACUUCAGAUGCCAUUCUCUUGAACCCUAUCUUUGGUGAUUGCGGCCACGAAAUGGUUCGCAAGACUGUCAUUGAUUGGUUUCAUGGAUCGAGGGACCGGUAUGGCGGCCGGGCUAAACGCCGGGAGGCAAUUGGAGGGACUAGCGAUGAUACACGUUGCCCCACACUGCCUCCAUCUGAAGAGACGGUAAUUACCAUUAUAUGAAAUUUACAUAUUUACGGUUAAAUAUUCAUGCUGCUACAGUGAACUUAAUUAGUGUGAAAAUUGUCUUUUAAAUUUUAAAGUAUUACUUCCCUUCCGUCGACCAUGUGUCUUCCAAACAAUUGUUUUUCUUCAAUUAUAGGAACCAGCCGUCGAUGCGGGGACUUCCGGAACGCCCAACUGAAUGGCAUAACAUAUGUUUAAGUCCAUGUAUAUACUGGCACUGACAUUUAUUAUGAUUGUACAUAUUUUCCAAUUCCUUUUUCGUCUAUACAAUAAAUAACUCACUCACAUGAAUUUGCGUCGCGUGUAUUUGAUAUUGGCUGCUGAUUAGUGGGUAAAUGUAUGGCGGGGUCACUGUGAGUACUAUGUAAUACCGUAGUACUCUACGUACGCAGGGUGGGUUUUGACGUGUAACAUGUGGGAACAGUGAGGCACUGCUCCUCAGGGGACUCGCCAUACGGGACGAUAUUUUAAAGUGGUGCCAAAAGUGGGCUGAGAUGUGGCGUCCCCUGCGCAUUUUUUUUCGGGGCCAGGCGGGGUUAUCGCGUUGCAUGCCCUGCCAUAGCCCCCUCCACAGCCCCUCAUAGCCCCCUCAUGGCCCCCUCUAACCCCGCCAUUAUUGAGGGGGCCAGACGGGGCUAGGCGGGGCUGGUGCUGGUAGGGAAAGUGCCACAUGAAAGACUCCGAGUUAAGGCAAGAGAAUACCACACUAGCAGCACAGGCACUAACUAAAAGCCCAUACACGCGCGUUCCGCCGAUAUUCUGCCGCUGCAUGGCACAGCUGCGAGGGGUUAGGCUCAUCAGUGGGUUCCUCAGCACCCCCACCCCCUCUGUUUUCUGGCAGAUACUCCAAUUUAAAAUUGUUGUUUUUUAAGUCCUUCAGCAAUGAACUAUGAUCAGUAGGGUCACCAUCAAGCCCAAAGGAUUAGGCUAUCCAAAUAAUUUAUAUUUUUUGCCACACGCCGACAGAAUUACGGCCAAAGCUACCCACAUUUGUGCUUUUAUUUCUUAUAAUUUCUAUCUACCCGAAAUCAAACUAAAACUUUAUCGAAUGUUUAUUCUCACUAUUCUUAAAUAUUCUUGCUUAAGUAAUAUGUCCUCAGGCUCUGAUUUGAAUGACAGUUGUUUGGACGCAGAUGAAGGACGCACACUUCCGCACGUUGAAAUCUAGAAGCCAUUUCUCGGACCACGCUUACGGUCGGGGCAAAUGGUUUUAAAGGGCUCUCUGGUCAUUUGGACUCCUAAUGUCUUUUCAGAGUUUAACGUCGUCGGCAAACAGUACUUUACCGUAGUCGAGUUCCUGAAGGCUGUCAUUAACAUAAUGGAUGAAGAGCAAGGGUCCCAGAACUGACCCUUGAGGCACACCACUAAUCACAUUAACCCAGUCUGACAUAUAAUCCCCGAUACAGACACUCUGUUUCCGACCAACCAGAAAUGUCCUUAUCCAGUUCAGAAUAUCGCCCCGGGUGCCGAUGGCGCUCUUCAUAAAAAAUCUGUUCCGAUUAUAAGCGUGAUCCGAGAAAUGGCUUCUAGAUUUUAAUGUGCAGAAGUAUGGCAUCCUUUAUCUGCGUCCAACCAACUGUCAUUCAACUGAGAGCCGGAGGACAUAUCACCUGAAGGACACUACUCUUCCCACAGAAUCUUCGCAGAAGGAUCUCAAUUUUUGAAUACAGAGCAACAUGAAACCAACACUUUACUGCAACAAGGCUGAAAAACGCAUUGAAGUGCUUCAUGCAAUCAAAAGGGCAUUCGUAACCUUUGGGAAAGAUCUCUUUGGGAGAGUUUACGGCACCUUUUUGGCCCUAUUUAGAAAAUAGCUACAAGUGUGGCGGUCAUGACUAGUAAAGGACCAAACAUGCCUCGAAAGAGUACAACGUUGUGCAACAAAACUGGUUAGGGGUUUAAAAACCAAUCCUUCAUAAAAAGAGUAAGGUGUCUUAAUUUAUUCCCUUUGUGUUACAGGCGACAAAGAGGCGAUCUUAUCCUGGUUUACAAGAUAAUACACGGCCUUGAGCAUUGAAUUAGCUUCAAGGACAUGCUUCGGUGGUUCCUUUCAUCUAAUCUUCGUGGUUACUAUAUGAAACUGCGUACAAAAAUGUCUGGGUUAAAUGUUCGUUCUGAAUUUUUCAAGCAAAGAGUAGUUGAGGCGACGUCCCUGCAACUAUUCAAGAAACGCUUGGAUGCUUAUUUGUGUGCCCUGUUUUCUCUUGACAAUGUGAGCCCGAGUUAAAUAUCCUGUGACCCCGGGGAAUUUUUUUCCUUUGAAACAAUGCUGCUCAAAUGAAUCGAGUAGUGCUUUAAUAACGAAGAUUUUAGUCGUUCGAGUGCUGUUGUAUCUAACGCGCUGGCAUGUCCUCAAUAGGGUUUUUAAGGGCCUUGCCUUUUACCCUUACCAAAUAAACUGGAUGAGCUAAAUUAACAAGAUUAAUCUUUUUAAAUUGAAAAUGUCCAAAGACAAUUUUACUAGAAAACUCUUUAGUACGACACCCAAAUAUUUCCCACUCAGAUAUAUGCCAGCUAAUCAACUUAAAUUUAUAUGGGUUCGAAGACUAUAAGCAGGCUUUUAUCUCGUUUUUCACAUUAAUAGUAACUUAGAUAUACCUCAGAUUUCAGCUCUUACCCCCUGUUAGUCGCCAAUACAAUAUUCGCAAUUCUUCCUUGAUUUACAUCCUCCCGCUUCCUCCACCUCCAAGCGCUCCAUUUUCUUCGCAUACAGGCUUACUUUUCUUUGCAAUAGUCUUCCAAGCGAUAUAAGAUCAUCAGAUACCCCACACCCUUUUAAGAGAAAGCUGCGCCUUUAUCUGAUUACCGACUCGGCUAAACUUUUAUUUUCGUCGCCCUCCCCAGGCAACUUUCUCUAUGACAUUGAGAAAGGACCAUCGGAAAUUUGGGGCUACGCCACCGAAUUUCUGUAACUAUCCAUAUUUCUCCCUGUGUGUAGCUUCGCUUUAUAUGAUCUCUCAUCAGAAAUUUCGAUUUUUGGACUUUUCAGUCCACAUAUCGUGUCCUUCACGGGACGCUAUGUCCUUCGCGACCAACCUCUCAAAGAAAUAGUAGGAUCAUGUAGACGUACACGCCUAGGGCCGACCCCGUUUUGUUUGAUGCAGAGUACCAUCAGGAAUCCGUUCUGGCUUCUGAGAUUUCGAACACCGGCCCUCAAUGCGAGUCCGACCUGGGUCUGCCGCCACCUAAAAUCCCGUGCAGUCCUCCUAUCACCAUGAGAAAUUUACUCUGUUUUUACUAUAUCCCUUCGAAAACAAUGAUUUUCGCGGAAUUUAAGAUCACCCUUCCAGUUCGAUCCCCCAACGGUCUGCUGAUUAUCACGGGGACUGCUCUAUUUUUCGCCAUCUGCUAGUAGGUUAAUUCGUCUGCAAAGAGUUUUCAUGGUCGAGUCUGCUCGAGCUAUGAUAACCUUGCAGCCUCAGACAUUUCCUCCUGACCCAGAUUCUAAGCAGACCGUGAGGGAUCGCUCUGAGUCCUUCCUGUCUUGUCAUCUUGACGGUCGCAUCUGCUGUCAACCAAAAAUAUUAAGAUCGCGUCCGUAGCGAAGAGCCUCACCCGGCUUGGGAAGUUGGUCUUUGCGAGAACUGCUUUGAAUCCUUAUUAGCUCCUACUUGAGGGACAAUCCCGUCGGACUUGGAUAUUUACCUUCCCACUAGCGAAGGCUUUUUUAUUUGUAAAAACUAAUUAAACGACAUUGAUCUUGCAUCUUCCAAAAAACGAAAGGUUUUCUCACUGUUCGCCAAGAGCGUUUCAUGCCAAACUACCUGUUUUAUAAGCAUAAACUGAACGCUGGAUGGUGUCUGUCUACUUGUUCUAAAAUUCACAUGAAAAUUUGCUUUUGUUUGCUAUGACAGUACCGUAAGGGGUACUAAAUAAGACAAUUCAUUUAUUGGACUGAUUUAAACUAGUGGUAAUUCCCAUCGCGCAAUUCAGAAUAAUCUCUGGCGAGUAUACGCGUGCUUUCCAUAAUUCCUCAUCGGGCCUAUAAAUUUAUUUGGUAACGAGGUAAAAACUGGAACGUAUGCCUCCUCUCCACCACCUUCCCCUCUAUUCACAUACCACUUUUGUAUGAAAAGACGAACCGUCAUCGAUUGCUCUUAUCGCUCACACGUUCCAUUUUGUACCUCGUUCCAAUAUAAAUGUACAGGCUGAUGAGAAUUUAUUGAAAGCACGCGUUUGCCUACCAAAUGCUCUUCUGAAUUUAUUUAUUAAAUUGACACAACGGAUGCAUAAAAUGCAUUUCAAACUAAUCGAAGAACUAAAGGUCGUUUGUUGAUAAAGUGCUAGAUUACGGGUUAACACAUUCAUACUUAGGGCUACGGCCAAUUUAAAAGAACUGUUGCUCAACGGGGCCAUCGCUGAGCUCUCAUUUAUGACAGUUCGACUACCGUGACUCCACAGCAAGGUGAAGCAGGCACGGUGACUUGUGCGUGAGUUAGUUUAUAGUGGUAGUAGACUUUCACUCUCUCCUCCUACACCCAACCCGGACCCGACGUUAAGAUAUAGUCAAGAAGACCGGAGGCAGGGGAGGGCGGAGGUGGAUGGCACUGCCGAGCCCACGCCUAGGCGGACCGUCACACCUGGCUCGGAUCCCACGAAGUGGGAGUGCCAUAAAGGCCACAUUAAGAAGGAGCCUUCGCAGCCUGACUCUUAGAUCACCAGUCAUCCGCCUCACACAAACACACAAAUCUAGGCCGACUAUGAGGCCCAAGUUAUCUCGUCAGUUGGCAACCUUCCAAGCCACGACUUUUAGAGCACCGUGAUAGCUUCAAGCACGUCAGAUUAUUUAUAGCGAGGAAAAUGUGCUGAGCCGUUGAUCUCACUCUCCCUUCCCAUUACACGCCCCUGUCAGUGUCCGAGCCAGUCACUUGACUGGCGUAAGGGAAUGUGUGCGGUGGCUGACAAAUCUAGUGACCUUGUCUGCGCACGUCAUAUGCACGACCUGGCCCCCAAACACGAGCACCAGGAUUUCACUCAACGAGGAUUGAGCAGCGUACAUCUCAUGCGUGAGUGUCGUAGGUCACGCUAGGAAGGAGCCGCGUCAGCCUGGCUUUCUGCCCACUAGUCCACACACUCACACAGCUGGGUAGACAAGUGGACUGAGUUAUGGUGUCAGUCAGCACCUUUCCAAGUCACAGAGCUUGGCGCGCCGUGAUAACCUCAGACUCGAAUCACACGUGCUGUAAGAUGCAGCAUGGAGACGAAGUCGAGACUCACACAUCCCAGUGGGGGUGGAGGGGACAAAUGGAUGCCUGUGGGGGAUAAUGACGCGGGAUGAAAGUGGAGGAUGAUUUGACGGUGUGGUUUGGCCGACGGGUGUCUGUCGCAGGUUUUCGUGGACGCGCAUGUGGCCUAAUAGGCCCACGCACUGGGUGAAUGUGCGGGUGCAGUGAAGGCAGUUGAGGCGAAUGCGGCGAGUGUGCGUGGGUGCUCCACGUACUCAUUCGCCAGUCUCCGUGCGAUGGAUUCGCAGGUUGCCGACCAGACCGAUGCGUGAGGUGACUUCGCGGUGACAGUGUUUACAGGAAAAGUCGGCGGCGUCAGUGUCGGUUUCAGAGACUGUGGCAGUGGUGGAGCUGCUAAUGGUGGACACGCUGGACGACGGGGUGUGGGUUGAGCUAGGCAUGGUGGAAGCACAAGAUCUGCUCAGUGUGGUGAAGCUGAUGGUGGUGGAUGUGCUCGGUGGCGUAUGUAGGUUGAGUUAGGCAUGAGGGAUGUUCAGGAGGUGCUAGGUGUGCCGAGAUUGUGGUUAAUUCCGCUCUCGUGGAUACACAUGCGGCCGAAUAAGGCCAUGCGGUGAGUAAAUGUGUGGUGGGCAGUGUGGACAGUGGAGGUGAAUGCGUCGAGUGUAGUUUGGUGGUCCAGGCACUGGUUCGUCAGUCUCUAUGCGAUGGAUUCGCAAGUGACCGACCAGGUCGAUGUGUGAAGUGGAGGUGCGGUCGAAACGAGGAUAGGUAUGGAUUGAGUCCACAUCGCUGGGGUUGGUGGUGCGGGGGGGGGCCGAUGUUUGUUGGUAUGUCAGGGUUGUGUGCAGUGGUGGUGAAUGCAGGAGGCCCCGUGGCGCAUGUUAACGCAAUGGAGGAGGAGCACAGUAGUGGGGGUGAAAGAGUGCAGUCAGUGUUGUCGGCGUGGAGGAUGAGGCAGAGUUGGGCGAAAGAAUAGCAGAUGGUGUAGUCCGGGCGCUGCAAUUGGUACAAAAAAGUCCCACAAGGUCGAUUGGAGCCCGGACCGGCUGCUGGCAGCGUCGGCAGGUCGAGAGUGGUUGAGUGUUGACGUUGCGAGAUAGGCGCAGUUGGGAUUUGCGAGCCUUAUGUUUGGCUCUGGCGGCGGUAAUGCGGUUCGCUUCAGGGACUGCUGCGCCUGUCUUCACUGUCCGCCUUCAGGUCGGUUGGUCUCGGGCAAGACCUACCCUGUUGGUCGGAUUGAUCUACAGGUGCUUCAAUGAAGUCUUCAGAGUGUCGUCCUAACGCUUGCCCUGACGUCCUUGUCGACGAGUACCCAUGUCGAUAUCUCCAUAUUAGAGUCACCUGGGUAUCUGCUCGUCGUCCCUCCGCAUGAGGCGCACGCUCCAACGCAAUUGCAGUUUUCUCAGCAUGGGAUGGAUGCUGAUGAUUGCCGUCUCUUCCAGUACAUCCGUGUCCGGAAUCCGGUCUUGCCACCUCAGCUUUAGUAUCCAUCAAAGACAGCUGAGGUGGAGGUGGUUGAGUCCUAGGGUCUGCUUCUUGAACACCGUCCAUACAACAGCGUCAGGAAGAUGACCACCUUGUACGUCUUCAGUUUAUUGCUGAGGUGGAGGUCGUGGCGGUUCCAGACGGUGUUUUGAAGACGCACGAAGGCUUGGCUGGCUUUGGAGAUCCGGCGGGCCACUCAAUGGUCGAUCUUGCUAGAGCGGACGAAGGUGCUCCCCAGGUAUGUGAAGUUGCCUACAACAUACAACUAAGCGCCGUUCACGUUGAUUUGGGCUGCAAAGUAGGCAACGUCGGGUGGCGGUUGGUGCAUAACCACCGUUUUCGCCUUGUUGAUGAACAAACUGAUGUCGUAGAUGGCGACGAAGAGGUUCAUGCACUUUUUCAUGUCCCAUUCCGAGGUGACGUUGAGAGCACAGCCGUCGGGGAAGGGAAGUUCGUGAACGUAGUUGUGAAUACACGUGAAUGAAGAUGCAUCCGCCGGCGGUUGAGGAGUUGGCCGUCCGUCCUGUAGGUUAUACGGAUCUCAAGACGUUGGUCACGGGAGGCAUCUAUCAGCAUCGCAGAGAAUAUGAGACAGAAGAGUGUAGGCGCUCUCAUUUAGAUGACUUCCUACGAUUUUAAGUCGAUAUUGAUUCCAAUAAAGGUGAGCUUCAAUAAAGGACGGUCCGCGUAGCAGCAACGCUUGUACGCACUCGUGGACAUCGUGACCUAAUACUACUAUCGUAACACAUUCACUAUGUGGGAAGGAAAUUAGCUUGAUACAUCCCAAAUACGCUUUAACACUGGUAUCUUCUUAGGCAUGGCCUUAAGUCGUCUCCGAGGCAGAGACGGGGGUCUCGUUAAGCUGUCGACGUAUAUCCGUAUAAACCGAAAGAUUCUUUUUCAAAACUUUUCAUCAUUUAAAUGAAUCGUUCGUUUAAGCGAACGUGAUUAAUUAAUCACCUUGUUGGCUACCGCUUAGCAUUUUUCUUAUCACCUUCUCUUCUGCUUCAUCUCCUUCAUUUUUUUUAGUUGCGAGUAGUCAAAAUGGCCAAGUAGUUUCUGUGACCGUUUUCGCCGUUUAUUUAAAACUGCCCCCGAUUGUUUGUAAAACGCCCCUGAAGUCAGCUUUGGUUUCAUGAACAGCCACAUAUUUGUGAUGCAACAACAAUUUCUUUCGACUCCUUGGAUAACAAGAUCUUACUUGCUUAGGUCUUUGAAACAGAAGAUUUUUGAAAUUCCGGAAAGCAUUAGAUGCGCAUUAACUUGUCUUACUUUGAGCCUUAAACCUCUUUUGUAUUCGACCCGUGUCGGGUACUGCAAUUCUUAAAACGGCUUUGUUUUUCUGCUGAUUGCAGAAAGUUUUACAGUCACAAGAAUGUAAAUAGGCCACUCAAAGGCACACACAUUUCGCACAACAAACCGAGCCGAACUGGACUGAAGUAUUUGAAGUCUAAUCAAAAGUGACUUACACGUACACCGUUGAUUGGAUAAAAGUCUGAGGCUUUGAUUACCCUAGAAUCUCAUGGGGUCUCUGGGCAAAGUUCUGGACUUUGCCAUUUCAUUAUCUCCUCUUCGGGAAAAAUUACGUAUGUGAUUAGUGUUUCAGACUUCGACAGACUUUUAUAGAUCGACACUCUCCCUCAAUAUGUUAGACUGCUUGAACAAUCGAUCUUCAGCUCUCCCCCGUACCUCAUCUAGGUAAAUGUUUGCGAUUCAUUAUUGCGUUGAAGGAUUCUUUCAAAAAGACGAUGCGACCCGGCUGCACUGCGAACCACAGCACCUAUCAACUCGUCUUGGAGUCAGGAAUGUCCGAAGGUAUCCUUAUUUGUUUGCUGAACGUUUUUAGAAAAUCGGCAAUGGCGGUGCCCAACAACACCUGCCGGAUAAUUGCUUCGGACUUUGCAGGGAUCAUGAUUUGGCGCUUAGCGUUAUUGAAGCUCUUGGUGACUCUUUUUCGAGAGUACCCAAGUCCUUUCCAGGAUCUUCGUCCAGUUCAUUCUCUUCAAACUCCUGUGCUCUCUCAGUUACUUCAUCCUCAUCUAACGAUUGUCCAACAUCGACUAACAUAUGCAAAUGGGACGGCUGUGACAACUGUCAUGACGUUGCUUCUUCAGGAUUACUUUCCCACAUCCAGACUUCUCAUGUCUAUCCCCAGUUAUCAUCCAGAAGAACCCAGUUUACUUGCCUGUGGCGUGGAUGCAAGGUUUAUGGGCAACCCAGUGUUUCCUCAAACUGGCUCUCCCGACACGUUCUUAGGCACUCAGAAGCAAGAGGGAAGCCAUUUCAGUGCAUUUUUGAACGCUGUUCCCUACGAUUUUCUUCCACUGCCCUGUUAGAACGACAUAUAGCGCGUGACCACUCUCAAGAAAGUGGCACAACCGGCUCCUCUAAAUCAUUGGAUUUAACGUCUAAGCCAUCAGACUCUCAGCAGUCGGUCUGCUCAUCGCGCGUCAUUAAUAAGCCUGUUGCGACUGUGAAAAGCUGCUCCCGGAAAACUUUACGGAAGCGCCGAAAGUUUCGUUGCUAUCGGGGUGAGUUGCAUGCAUGUAGCAUGGUCAUCUUGCAAAUUUCUAAAUGGCUCUUUCACCUUGUAUUUCUCGACCUCGAUAUGACUUUAUUCUCACCAAGUUAAGCGCAGUAUCCAGCUUUUACCCAAUUGCUUUAAUUAUGCUUUAGAGUCGCUCCCGAGAUCUCAUUAACUCCUUUUUCGCAACAACAGCUGUUUUAUAGGUAAUAAGAAACAGCUUCAGAUUGAUUCUUUUUUGACCAAUAUCUUUGUUGCCAUUUGAUUCUACAUCCUCCAGUAUUCCUGUUAGCAUGUUUGGUAGUUUGUUUUUGUCUUGAUUCAUAAUUGCUUAGCCAAAAGACCAAAUUACCGUCUUCAUUUUAAAUUUCUUAUCGGCCGAAUUCUAAUGCCUAACGCCACGAGAGAUCCGUGCGCUGAUCCAACAAUAAAAGGCCGUAAUGAUGAGGGUUCGCUCUAUUAAAUUCCGGGUUGUUCCACUAUAUCGCUUCCUCUAGUUUGACUCGUUUUGGUGCUCUGACUUCGGAGCUUAAACACUAGUCAUGUCGCUUUUGACAAGCUUAUCCUACACACAGCUUAUAUGAUUGGGGAUUUCAAAAGUCUAGGUGCAUACUCAUACCAACAUUCGGGUUGAAUUCCGCCCUAGUCUCCUGUCCAACUUUCUUCACGCAUUCCGUUGUUACAUGAGCCUAUCCAGUCUUACACGACAAGAAUAACCGGAAUGUCGACUUCCAUUCACACAACAGUCAUGCGAUUGUUUUCAAGGGCUCACACGAACCAUUGAUGCGCGAUAAAGAGAGGAAGAGACCGAUCUAGCUCGAGUCCGACAUCUACUUUCGUUACUACUGACAGUGAAAAUCACCUCGCUAAUAGCCGGGACUUUGGAGGCAACCAAAUUUAGUAACAAAUAAGUCCGUCUAUGGACCAAAUGUUAGUUUGCAAUAGCUCCUUCUUACUGCGACUCUUGUAGCACUCUCACUUAUAUCGGCUACAACCCUCCCCUCCAUUGAAGGUUGGCACAUGUGCAGUUAGGGGUCGGCACGUAUGUAGUGCGUGCAAACAGCACACGCCCUCAUUAUCAAUCGUCUUGAUUUUGUCUGGCCAUUAGUUUAACAAUAAAUUCACUCAUCCCAGUCACCGCUGAGAUCACUCAGGACCUAUGCUGGUUCCCCUCGCUAACGACGGGCCAAUUUUUUUAACUAGCGAUAGCCCCAACAAGUGAAAUCCAAUACUGGGUCUUCUUUUUUCUCGUCCUUUGAGGUCGAUUAGGUAAACAGGACGCGGACAUUUUUGGCAUGCGAAAAAUACGCUACUUUGAGAAUGAUGGAGUUCGAAUAGUAAUGAGGAACGAAUUUCGCGAAAAAACGUCUGCCAUAUGUGAUUAAGGCAAUCCGAAAGUUUCCCACUAAUCUCAUCUAUGAACACAUUUUUGCUUUCAAUACUACAAGUGCAUUUCCACACGGGCGAACUGAAGACGCAAACUAACGACACUUUCGGACAUAUUACCCCUACCAACUGUAAAUUAUUUAGUUUAAAAUGCCACGACUUGAACUGUGCUGUUACAUUUUAAAAAGCGUCUGCUCCCGACAAGCCUUCAGCCGUGAAUACAGUAGCCAACCAAGCGUCAGGCUUAGGGGGUAUGGAAAAUAAAUGUUUACUUUUGUAAAUCCACAGGAUGACACUCGUAGCAUGGUAGGGCAAGUGCGACAAAUUUUGUUAAAAAGGUAAAUAAUGACCGAACAAAGACGUCUAUUCCCCUGUCGUUUUUGGAGACCGGGAAAAAGGUAGCACUGCGAAAGUUUACCGACAAAAUUUCUUGCUCAUGCCACCCACGCGGCAUUCUUACAUAUCAUUUGAGGCUGCCGGCGAUGGUUUUCCACACGUGUCAGACCUGAUCUUUGUGUGACAGGAACGUACGGUCUGAACGAGACAGUUUCUCGUUCGUGUCGAAUAUGUACGAGUAUAAGGAGGCCGAGAAUAUGUGCAAGUGUGCGAUUCUAUCCUACAAUGGCCCACGUGGGAGUUGCGCUGUACCAACACGGGGACCAGAUCAGGACGCCGCAGGGUGUUACUGGGAACGCACACCCAUGACAAAUGCAACACGCGCGGCUGUGGUAGCCCACAUGGACGCAUGUCCACGCGGCGCCAGCCACCUGCGACUGAUUCCGCCCGCAGUCCUCUUGACUAUGCCUUGACAUCGGGAUCAGGUGGGUGAGGGAAGGGAGAGUACGGUUGAUGCAGCGCAAGUACAUUGUCGCCGUUCUUGUGCCUACUCCGCUGUGGGGCACACGGUCGCACCGUCAGGUUGUACGGGCACGUACAGGCGUCACGCGAAUAAUGAGUGUGGCUUCAGUGAGCCAUCUUCGUGUACGCGCAGACUACCUAGUAGGCAUUCAUCUGCCUCUUGUGCUUCGCUCCCCAGCUCCACGACCUCUUUAUUGCUUCAGUUCUGCUCCGAGUGUCAUGAUGAUUAAUAACCUGAACCAGCAUGACCUUACGUCGGAACUUCACUUAGUGAUUAGGACUCAAAAUGCUUUCGAAGAUAUCUCACAUGUUCUCGUUUACAGGCAAUAUUUGAUUUGCGCUGGCAUUAGAUCAUGGCCACCAAACACAGCACGUCGUGUCGCCACAAACUGUUUCCGACCCCUUGCGUUCAAAAACUUGGGCUACGGGUGCACACCACAUCAUCUAGAAGUACGAAUAAGUGAUACUUUAAACCUUAAUCUUUCGUACCCCGUUUCAGAUUUUCGUAAUUGGGUAUAAUUGUACACUUGUUCGGGACGUAGUCCUCUUCAAAGCUAUUUUUUUCUAACAAAGCCUAUCUCAUGCUUUUUUAAAUGUUAUGUGUCCCAUUUUUAGUUCGUCGAACCGAUUUCUACGAUACUCGCUCAAAGGCAAUCAUCAGAAAUAGGUUGAUUCUCGAUCGCAUUCUCAGAGAAGUUAGUCUUCUGCCUACACAAUCUCCACCACCGUCGGAUGUUCCUUGUCGGGGUUUUGGCCUGCUUACUACCGAUCGUAGCAGAGAUCCAGAACCAGAAAGCGAGAACAGCGAUGACGAUGGUAGGAAACUCUGUGCCAACCUCGCUCUCCCAUUCCCAAUAAGCUGCAAGUCCACAGUAGCCACAUCCUCUCGAGCGACCACCUCAACGCGUUGUCUCCGUUCGGGCGGUCCUGCUGCACCCAGUCUUUCCAAACCCAGCUCCUCGUCCCAAGCCCCUGAGCCUUCUGCGCAACCCAGCAAACCUGAUGGAUCGCAUGUUAAGCUCCUUCUGACUGUCCCUCAUACGGUGAGUUUUGACUUAUCAUGCAUGCAUAUGCGCAGGAAUUUGUUUAUAGUCAGGUGGACCUUUGAUACGCCCAUCUCACAUCACUAUUUCCUCGUUUGCCACGUUCUGAGGAUAAGACUGGGUCAGGGAGACCGGAGUUGAACGGGGGCACAUUGACUGACAAAACAAAAUGGCUCAUCUACAUAAGUGAAGAAGAAGAGUCGAGCACCGGGACACUUUGUUUACUGUCCUGAAUUUUCAGACUCGUGCAGGAGUCCAUCGUCAGAGGUAA